AUGGGCCUCUCACUCGUUCCCACAGCUUCUGCCAAUUGGCGAUACAAAUCCCGGCCCGAUCUAGCACCACCAACAUUGAACAUCACCAUCCCAGCGACCAAGGAGGUUGAGAAAGGCUACCUCUUUAUGGCCCCCUUUGCUGGAUAUCCCGAAGGCACUCACCACGGACCAGCCCAAGCGGCGCCCUACAUCUUCACGGAUACCGGUGAUCUCGUCUGGUCUGGAUUCACUUACUUCUCGAUCUGGGCCACAAACUUCCAGGCCGCACGCUACAAGGGCAAGGAUAUUCUCUUCUGUUUCGAAGGGAGUCACAACGCUGCCUAUGGUCAUGGACAUGGCCACACGACUUUUCUGGAUCAGAAUUAUGAGACAAUUCGAGAACUCCGUGCUGGAAAUCAUCGUCUAACCGAUAAGCAUGAGUUCCACAUCAUCAAUGAAGAGACGGCGCUGAUUCAGAUCUAUCAUCCUGUCCCGUACAAUUUGACUGCUUAUGGAGGAAGUGAGGAACAGCAGUGGAUCGUCGAUGCUAAAUUCCAAGAACUCGAUAUCGAAACGGGCAAUGUUCUCUUCGAGUGGAGUAGUCUUGACCAUGUAGACCCCUCAGAGGGCUAUCUGCCCCUGAACCCCGGUCAGGCCGGCGCAGGCUACAACAGCUCCGACGCCUGGGACUACUUUCAUAUCAACUCUGUGGACAAAGACGACCAAGGCAACUACUUGAUCUCCGCCCGCGACGCAAACGCCGUGUACAAAAUCAACGGUGAGACCGGCGAAAUCAUGUGGCAACUCUCAGGAAAGUCGUCCAGCUUCAAAAUGGGCGACGAUGUCGAGUUUGCUUUCCAACACCACGCGCGAUUCCAGGGUAGGAACGAGAACGGUACCAAAGAGAUCAUCAGCUUGUACGACAACUCGGCUCAUGGCACGGAGAACGGACAUGGUCAUGAAGUCCACUUCUACAAGAUCUCCAGAGGCAAAAUCAUCGAAGUUGACACAGAAACAUGGGAAGCGAAGAUCGUGCAGGCUUUCCACCCGCCCGACAACCUGCUAUCGAAGUCCCAGGGCUCAACUCAGCUUCUCCCCAAUGGCAACGUCGUAGUGAACUGGGGGUCUGAGGGCGCCAUGACCGAAUUCAAGUCCGACGGCACACCCAUCUUCCACACAUACAUGGACUCAGGAUAUCUGGGCAUCGGCGUCGAGAACUACCGUGGCUUCCGGUACAAUUGGACCGGAAUUCCGAACGAGGCGCCUGCCAUUGUUGCCCUCGAAGAUGAGGGUACCACCAGCAUAUAUGUCUCAUGGAACGGGGACACGCGAACCAAAGCGUGGAGGUUCUAUGAGAUUCUGAGGGGCCGGAGAUCGUUCCUCGGCGAGGCGAAGCGCGAGACCUUCGAGACUGUCCUCACUAUUGAUCGAGUAGGCGUGAAGACCGUUCAGGCUCAGGCGGUGGAUGCUGAGGGUCUGGUGCUUGUAGACACUUCGGCCGUUAAGCCAAGCACGAUGAUCCAUAAAUGUAAUGGGGAUAAUUCGAGGAAGGAUAAUGGUGAUCUAAUUCCCUGGCUGAUUUUGGAAGGACAGAAGUUUUUCAGAGGCCAGGAUAUGUGA